UUUAUUAUAAAAACCAACGAAUACGGAAUCAAACAUCAAACCAAAUUUGUUAAUCAAACAAAUAACACCUUAAAUCUGAGUUACCAAUAAAAUUUCGAAAAAUGAAAUUCUUGAUUGUGUGCAUGUGUGCUUUGAUGGCAACCGUCAUUGCUGCUGAAUCAAAAAAACAAAAACGUGGUUUGCUACCAUAUACCGACUUCACAAGUCCAACUCAAACCUUUUUGUCAGCAGCUACACCGUUGACAGCCGCUCCGUUGCCGUUGGCCUACAAUCAAUUGGCAGCACAAUUGCCCUUGGCUACAGCUCAGUUUCCAGCGCAAGCAGUUCAAUUUUCUCAAAACACUUACUCGCACGAAAGUGUACCAUAUCCCGUCGAACAUUUCAAAACAUUUCCAUUUGAUACACCAGUUUCACAACCGUACCCAGUUUCAGCUGUUAAAUACGUGCAGCAACCAUUCGCAGUUGAACAAUCUGUUGCACAACCUGUGUACAUUCAACAACAACCACAAGCUGUGGCCCACCCAGUUCAACACGUCCAAAUUGCUCAAAGUCAACCGAUUGCUUAUGCCGCUCAGUCUGCCCUAUUGGCCCAUCCAACUUUUUCAACCGAACAAACAUUCUCUAAUUCAGCUUUGGCCACACCAUUCGCUGUCCCAGCUUUAAGUACUCAUCAAGUUCCAACAUUCGGCAAUCAAGUGGCCUUUGCUGCCCCUGCAUUCGCGAGCCAACAAACCUUGGCCGCUCCUGCUUUUGCUCAUGAAUUUGCUGUUAAACAAUGGUAAAUAAGAAACAACAUCGUGUCAACAUUUCAGAAUUUUCCCUCUAUUAUUGUUAUUUGUUAUUUCGAGAAAAAUCAUUUGUUGAUAUAUUUUAUGUUUAAACUAUUAUUAUUUAUGUUUAAAUAAAAAAGAAUAAAA